CAAAUAUGGCGCUCGGUGACAACAAAAGCCCUUGGAAAAUGACAGAAAGCCCCAGCCCCAUUUAACCCAUCGUAAAACAAAAAAAAGAAUUUCCAGAGGAAGAGAAAAAUGUUUGUCUACCUGAGCAAGAAGAUCGCAAUCCCGAAUAACUUUCGGCUGAACUGCAUAUCAUGGAAUCAGAAGCAGGGGUACAUCGCAGUGGGUGGUGAAGAGGGUCUCCUGAAGGUGCUGAGGGUGGACUCAAGUCCCCCAAGUGCUGGUACCACAGGAAAAACCCGUGGUCUCCCUGCAACGAGUAAUUUGAGUAUGAAUCAGACCCUGGAGGGUCACCAGGGACACGUCCAGGUAGUCACCUGGAAUGAAGAGUACCAGAAGUUGACGUCCAGUGAUCAGAAUGGAGUGAUUGUCGUGUGGAUGCUGUACAAGGGCUCCUGGUACGAAGAGAUGAUCAACAAUCGGAACAAAUCGACAGUGAAAGGAAUGUCGUGGAGUACAGAUGGUCAUAAAAUUUGUAUCGUCUACGAGGACGGUGCAGUAAUCGUGGGCUCAGUGGAUGGCAAUCGUAUCUGGGGAAAAGAACUGAAGAACACACCACUGACGAGUGUCCAGUGGUCACCAGACGGAAAACUCCUGCUGUUCGGUCUGCGAACUGGUAAUCUCCACCUGUACGACAAUCAGGGCUCCUUCCUCAUGAACAUCAGCAUGAAUCUGCCAGUGGCCCCCCAGAAUAUCGUUGCCAUCCACUGGUACAGUGGAAAAUACGGAUUCAUUGGAGUGGACUGUCCAUCCCUGGCGAUCUGCUACGAUUCAGGUCGAGUCUACCUGAUGAGAGACACGAGUGAUGAGACCCCAGUUGUCAUUGAAACAGGAGUGACCAAUGUCUGGUGCGCCUGGAACACUUAUGGAUCUCUUCUGGCUGUCACAGGGGUCCAAUCGGUGAUCGUCAGUGGAGAGGCCAAGGAUUCCAACGUCGUCCUCUUCUACACACCUUUUGGUCAACUUCUCAGGACCCUCAAGGUCCCUGGGAAAGAGGUGACUGCCUGCUCCUGGGAGGGAGGCUCCCUCAGGCUCGCCCUCUCCGUCGACUCUCACAUCUAUUUCGCCAAUAUCCGUCCAAACUACAAGUGGACCUACUUCAGCAACACUGUGGUCUUCACCAACGAGAGAGUAACGAAGGACGGCGUUUGCCUGAUCUUCUGGAACACGAGGAGCAACACCUCCUCCACGAAGUACGUAAGAUCCCUCGUCUCCGUGGCAUCAGCUGGUGAUCACUGUGUCCUGGCGGUUCGCAAUGAACGAAAUCAGGGAAGCGAGGAGUUCAUCCUGAUUGUCUGCAAUACAAUAGCCACCCCAAUUGACACCAAGUACCUGGAGAUCGAGCCCCUCUGGGUGACGAUGACCAGUAAUUCGGUGAUUGCAGCGUCGAGGGAUAAUUUCGUUGUUUGGGACUUCAGGAUUCCCAAGACCGCAGGGAUGGGGGCCAGGGGAAGAAAGGACAGGAUGUAUCACGUCGAUGACACUCCAACUGGAGUCAACGAGGUCAUCCAGGAUCUCGACAGGGAGAGAUCGUUUGAGGCUGCUGUCAGCAGAAAAGUCACGAUGGAUCCCAUUUGCUGUGUUGGGGCCAGUGAGAAGAUUCUCCUCAUCGGGAGGGAGUCGGGGAUGGUGCAGAGGUACUCAUUACCUCAGAUCACCCUCACUAAUCGGUACACUGUCACUGUUAAACCCCAGAUGAUCUACGUCAACUGCUCCUCUACCAGGGCUGCCAUACUCGAUGGUUCUGGUGUCCUCACCAUGAUUGAUUUGGAAAAGAAUGAGGACAGCUCCGACCAAGAAGAUAUUUCCAAGUUUGAGAGAAAGGACGUGUGGGCCGUGUGUUGGGCAGUGGACAACCCCUCGCUCCUCGCAAUAAUGGAGAAGACCCGGAUGUACGUAAUCCGCGGCCUGGACCCGGAGGAGCCGAUUUCGUGCUCGGGCUACAUCUGUUCCUUUCAAGAACUCGAGAUACGUUGCAUUUUACUGGACGAUCUAGUCCAUAAACCCGACGAGAUGCGUUCUGAAUUGAUAGUCGAUCUGGAAGUUAAAUCACUUCGAGAUACUAAAGAGCUUCUCUCGAAAGUCGGCCUGAAGGAGGCAUACGACUUCAUCCAGGACAACCCCCACCCGCGCCUGUGGAGACUCUUAGCUGAGUCUGCACUCAAGUCGAGGGACCUGGAGAUGGCGGAGAACGCGAUGGUGCGGUGCACAGAUUACCUGGGUAUUCAAUUUAUCAAGAGACUUCACACAGUCCACGCAGACCAACUGAAAAAAGCAGAGGUGGCCGCCUUCCUGGGUAAUUACGAUGAGGCAGAGAAACUGUACCUCGAUCUGGACAGAAGGGACUUGGCGAUAACUCUAAGACAAAAAUUGGGUGAUUACUUCAGAGUCCUUCAACUGAUGAAAAUGGGAAUCGGUGGAUCAGACAAGCAGAUGGAAUUGGCUUACAACAAAAUUGGUGAUCACUUCGCGGAGAGACAGAACUGGGAAGGGGCUAGGGAAUACUACGAGAAGGGAAGUAAUCUGGAAAUGUUAAUUCAAUGUUAUUACAAGCUUGAGGAUUACGAGCUGCUUGCAGAGACAGUUGAUCAGUUGCCAGACAAAUCGCCAACCCUGAAGACAGUGGCGAGGAUGCUGGCAUCAGUGGGAAUGUGUCCCCAGGCUGUUGCUGCUUACAUUAAGUAUGGGGAUGUCAAGCAGGCGGUGGACACUUGCGUGAGGCUCAAUCACUGGGACCAGGCUGUUGAUCUCGCUAAGACCUACAAAGUCGCACAGAUCAACGACCUCAUGAACAAAUACGCCAAUCACUUGCUGACCAAUGGCAAGAGGCUGCAGGCAAUUGAAUUGUACAGGAGUGCCAAUUGUCAUCUGGAGGCUGCAAAGCUUCUGCUGAGACUUGCUGAGGAGCAGGCAAAACUCAGGGCCAGUCCCCUCAGGGUCAAGAAAAUUUAUGUUCUCGCUGCACUUCUUAUCGAGGACCAUAUUAACAGCACUCCUGCCAUCAAAGGGGCCAGGAGUAAUGUUAUUAUGGGACUUAGUGAGAACAACGAGGACUCCAGGGUCAUCGAGAACGCCUGGAGGGGUGCUGAGGCUUAUCAUUAUCUUCUUCUUGCUCACAGGCAGGUGUACAGUGGGGAUUUUGAAGCUGCCAUGAAGACGUCAUUGAGGCUCAGGGAGUACGAGGAUAUUCUUGAUCCCGAAGAGAUCUACUGUCUUCUGGCUCUUGCCAGUUCUCUCUCCCGGGCUUUCUCCACUUGUUCCAAAGCAUUCAUCAAGCUUGAGAGCUUUGAUAAGAUCUCAGAGGGGAAGAGGGAGGAGUACGAGGAGCUCGCGUUGAAGAUCUUCAUGGGGAAUCCCCCGAAGGACAGCAGGAAUAAUAAAGCUGAGUGCGUCAGCUGCGAGAGUCUCGUACCCGAUUGGUGUGUCGCAUGCCCUAAUUGUUCCACUAGGUUUCCUGCUUGCAUCGUCAGUGGACGACCUCUUAUGGAUCUCACCAAUGCCUGGAUCUGCACUCUCUGCAGGCAUCAUGCAGCUGCUGAGAGGGACGUCAUCAACACAAAUUCUUGCCCACUUUGUCAUAGUAUUAUUACUUUUAUGUAGAGACUCUUCGGGUAUCCCGAAUUAGACGAAAAUUCAUCCAUCCCAUUAUCUUUGAUACGCAAUUCUAAUUUUACAAAUUUACAAUUAAAGACAAUUAAGAAUCAUUGAGAUAAAUAAUAAUAAAG